AUGCUGGUAGUUCAUCCUUCUUCGUCUUGUGAUAUCUGCUUGGAACAGUUUCGUUCUGGCCUCGAAAACACACGCCAACCGUGCGCUAUCCAAUGUGGCCAUAUAUUCUGCCAAUCUUGUAUUGACUCGUUUCCGCGCCUCGUCUGCCCGCUAUGCCGUGUACACUUUGAUCCAAGAUCAAUCCGGAGGUUACAUGUCGACCUCGCAACACCCCAAGGAUCACCGGCGGCGCCCGUCAUUUCAACGCUCGGAGAAGUCGACGUAGAGAAGGAGAAGCUCAAAGCGCGUCUAAUCAGCAUGGUGCGGGAGGGCGCAGAUGGCACGCGAUUCGGGAACCUCAAAGGCGAGGCUGAAGCCUGGCUCCAGCAACAAACAGCGGACGACCACUGGGACCUGCGCGCUCUACUCACGCUCAUUGUAAGAUACCACGAGUAUCACAAGCGCGAGCAGCUCGCCUUGCGCGAACUGCGCGAGGCUGAGGCGAACAACAAGGCACUCGACCAGACCAACUUCGACCUCGCCGAGGCCCUCGAGCUUUCUCAGAAGGAUGUGGCCCGCCUGCAGGAAGAGAUGUACGAAGGCCAGGAAGAAGAGAUUCGCUCGCUACGGGCAGAAGUGCUCUACUUCUCCGAAAAGAACCGCGCUCAGCGUCAACCGUCGGGCUUGAGUCGCUCCCGCCCGGCCGAAGAGACGGACAUCGAGCUCUUGCAUACGCCUGCACCAGUACCGCCGCCGAUCGACCUUGAUCUGAGCGCACAGCCUUCAGCGCCCAGUCCUCCUCGUACCGAGUCAAACGUGCCUACUAGUACUAGUGCUGUGCCUCAACAUGUCGUCAGCCCGCUCUUCGAUCACCUCGAGGACGAGGACACUGGACUAUUCCAUCCGGAGGCGCAAGACCGUGUUGAGCGCACCGUUGAGCGCGCUGAGCGCGUCAGGGAGCCGCGUUCGCGUCGCGGCACAGUCACUGAGCCACCACCGCGAACUGAGAGGCGUACUUCAAUGCCCGCUGAAGGCGCUUUCUCGACGCCCAAGACGCCCAAGGCCGGCCUGCGUCGCAACUCGACAGAUCCGCAGCCCUUCUUGAAGCCUGCGCCCGUCGUCGAGAAGGGCAAGACCUCGCCGACCGAGCGUGAUACGUCAAGAAGCAAGACGGCGCCCAUGGUCAUCAACGGUGUCGCUGCGCGCUUCUACGAGACCAUUCAGUCGUCACCAUCAGGCGCAUCGUCGCUACCGCAUCCGAUGCCUGCGACGUACUACUCACGCCGACAAGAGAAGACCCGCGAGAACGCGCUUGUUUCUCGUGCUCGUGCGGACUCGGCAAGCACUCCCGUACGCCCUCAGACACCGACCCGACCCAAGUUGAGCAAAGGCAUGCAGCAGCGCGUCAGCCGUCUGCAGCUUCAGCUGGUGCCGGAUAGCUCUGACGAAGAGGUCAUUCGCCGCGCUCAGCGUCGCGAUCUUCUCAAGGACAUCCUCGCUGAUCCUGGAGCCACGCCUGGCCGCGCGCCUCCUCCGCCUCCACCGCCUCCGCCGCCUCCGAUGCUCGUCUCGCGCGCUAGCUCCGCAGCCCGUCAGUUCGAGAUCGAGCGUGCGCGUCGUCGCGCGGAGGGUCAGGGCACACCUACACAGUCUGCGCAGGGUACGCCGACUAGUGAACAGACUGGCUUCAAGUUCGACCAGACACCCAUGCAUCCUCGCCGCUUCCUCGAGCGCCGCGACUCAGCGUCGAGCGCUCGCGGCCCUGUGGAGGCUACGCGCGUGUGGCGGCCCACAAUGACCUCGGGAAUCGACUCCGAAGCAUAA